GUGGCUCCAGCGUCCCGCCCCUUCGCCCUUACUAGUGUGAUUUGGUGGGAGAAAAAUAGCGCGCUUUCGGUACACUUUUCAAAUCGGAUGUUUACUGCGGUGGAGUAAAUUCUUGGAGUAAGAACUCAGCACCGGGGUGACUAUGGCCACGGGAGUAGCGGUGAGUGUAUGUGCUUCGGAGCCUGAGCCUGAGCGGAGUGAAGAGGAAGUGCGGGGAACAGAACCAGAUGAGGAGCACCAGCAGCACCCCGGGCCUGCCGUGGGCCCUCAACAUCGCCUCGCUAAAUUACCCCUGUCCCGGAUUAAAGCCCUCAUGAAGGCUGACCCUGACGUAAGCCUGGCGAGCCAGGAGUCUGUAUUCAUCAUAGCUAAAGCCACGGAGCUGUUUGUGGAAAUGAUAUCCAAGGAUGCGCUUGUUUAUGCACAGCAAGGAAAAAGGAAAACUCUACAGAGGAAAGAUCUAGACAAUGCUAUUGAGGCAGCAGACGAGUUUGCAUUUCUAGAGGGUACCUUGGACUAACUUGAAUUUUCCUUGCUGUAAUAAGGAAAAAUAUUGACAUUUUGUUUAUUUUUGUACAGCUCUGAGCAGGGGAACUCUUUUUUUGGGGACAACUGGGGUUGUUUAUGGUCAUUUUUUAGUAUGAAGAUGUACAGCUUAGUAUAUAUUGACAAAUCUCAUUGCAGAAUUUGUCAUUGUCUGUGAAGUGACAAUUUUAUUUGUGAAUACUACUAUGCUCUUGCAAAAUAUUUUAAAGUUGCAAUAAAGAUCUAUUAUUAUUAUUA